AUGGCUGUCAUCAAUGAACAGGGAGAACCGGGCGCAUUCUUUAUGUGCACCGAAACGUCACCCCGUUGCUAUAUCAUCCAACGGGUGAAUUCUAGUAGUAUUGAUCGGAUGUUGGACGACAUGAUAGUGCCAUCUGGUGAGUGCGACACACCUCCUACACCAAUGUUACCUUGGUGGUUUACAACGGAAUGCGAAAAUCAACUCUUGGCUGCAUCGGAUUCACCUAUCAUUCAGGUGCCGAUGAGCAUGUCCACAACACUUCUUGCACCGUCGGCACCACCACCACCACCGCCACCACCACCACCACCACCACCACCUCCCCCACUACCACCACCACCACCCUCACUACCACCACCACCCCCACUACCACCACUAUCUCUAGCAGUAGUAGCUGCACCGACUCAGCGAAUAACUUCCAAUACAGUCAUAUCUCAGUCUCCCGAACAAAUCAAGCAGCAGCUUAAAGCUCAGCUAGAGUAUUAUUUUUCAAGAGAAAAUCUGAUGACCGAUAAGUUUCUGCGAUGUCAGAUGGACAACGACCAGUAUGUACCGAUACGAAUCAUUGCUAGCUUCCCAAAAAUUAAGCGACUCACCAGUGACUACAGUUUGGUUGUAAAAGUGCUGCGAGAAUCAUCUCAGGUGCAAGUUGACGAAAAAGGACAACGGGUACGAGCCGUUUCAAAACGAUGCACUAUUAUCCUGCGUGAAAUACCUGAGUCGACCGAUGAAAAGGAGGUGGCAUCAAUGUUCACUGGUGGACCACCAUAUCUGAGCCUGCAAUACGGCCUCAAUAAUAGCUGGUAUGUAACGUUCGAGUCGGAAGAAGCUACGGAACGUGCAUUCUUGCACUUGCAGAAUCUCGGCAAAACUUUAAAUAACAAACCGAUCUGUGCACGAAUAAAAACAGGUGGCGCACCAUAUUCAGAACCGUUGAACUUGAUUCGGGAUCGAUCUCCGUCUGCUGUACCGUCGGAGGUUUCGGGCGACCCCGCUGUGUCCGUUCCCGUCGUGCCCAUUCCUUCACCGUGUUCAUCUGAUAGUUUCGAUCUGGGCCAAAUCCUGGCUAGUUACGGGUAUGUACCAUGUGCGACUUUCAAGCCUGGUACAACGGUUGUUCAUAUUAGCUCUACUGUCGGUACAACUGCUAAUCGAAGUGCCAACCAUCGACUGCGAGGUACUUGCUCUGCUGGACCAAAUAGUUGUAAUUUUCGAGGUUCCAGUUCCAAAGCACGAGGUGGUUUCGUAUAUAAUCAGCGAGUUUGCACCAGCGAUCAUCGUGAUUUUUGUACAAGUAAUUACGACCACGGAGGAGGUCGACGAAACAAAAACCAUGGUGAUGCUCAUCGUGAUGGUUAUCGAGAAAGAAACAACGAUCCUCCAACUUCUGUUCGUUCCCGGGGCCGGCAGAAUCGUCUUAAUAAUUUUUAUUCUAGUACAAUGCGGAGUCGGACACCAGUUGAAUCACAAAAGGCUAAUCAAAACGAUAACAUGCAGCGGCGCUGCGACUACGAUCAAUCGAGCGGCCGAAAUAUGCAGACACGGCAACAACGGCGUAAGCAAAGGGAUAUUCCGUUAUCUGGAAUUUCGUCGGGGAAUAAUAAAAGUGUAAUAUGCCCUCCGAUAAUUUGCCUACCGCCAGAAGAAGACAAAAAAAGUGAAGAGCAGCAGUGUUGUUCAAAAACAGCUAGCGAUGAUGAUUCCAAACUAGAGAGGAGCAGUUCUCGUAAAACCGUCGAUACGGAAUACAGCUUUGAGGAGGGUGCGUUUCCUUGUCUUUCUGAAGAAACAUCUCCAGUGGUGGAGGUGAAAGAAUCAAAAUCGCGGAGUAAGCCAACAUUCAGUUCAGUAGCCGCUGGUAAAAGAGAAGAGAAGAAGGAAGCGAAAGAAAGGAAAAGUUAUGCACAGACGCUAAAGCAAAAUAAUGGAUUGCUGCAAACAUCUUGAACCACUCCCUGUUGGUACAUUUUCCGUACUAACAGUGCUGUCAUCUUUUUCCAGAGAAAGUCGUUUCAUUCAUCAUUUUUAUUGCAUAUUUCCAUCCAGUCUUUCUGGGAAAUCGGUUUUUCUGGGUAGCAAUUUGUUAUAUUUCUGGGGCCAAUAUAACAACUUUUAUGUGUUGCAAUAUUGCUCUUACGACGCACUUAUCACUUCCGACGUGUCCACAGGUGUUUUUAAUACUCUUCGUCUAUA